AUGGCUGGUUCCCUGGUCCAGGCAGCUCUGACUCAGCCACCCUCAGUGUCAGCAAACCCAGGACAAACCAUCCAGAUCUCCUGCUCUGGUACUGGUGGCUAUGCUGUUGGCUGGUACCAGCAGAAGGUCCCUGGCACUGCCCCUCUCACUGUGAUCAACUACAACAACCAGAGACCCUCAGGCAUCCCUUCACGAUUCUCUGGAUCUGCAUCUGGCUCCACAGGCACCUUAACCAUCACUGGGGUCCAAGCUGAGGACGAGGCUGUCUAUUACUGUGGUGGCUACGACAGCAGCAGUGGUGGCUAUGGUUCCCUGGUCCAGGCAGCUGUGACUCAGCCACCCUCGGUGUCAGCAAACCCAGGACAAACCAUCCAGAUCUCUUGCUCUGGGAGCAGCUAUGGUGACUAUGGCUGGUACCAGCUGAAGGUCCUUGCUAGUGGCCCUGUCACUGUUAUUUUUGAUAGCACCAAGAGACUCUCAGGCACCUUAACCAUCACUGGGGUCCAAGCUGAGGACGAGGCUGUCUAUUACUGUGGUGGCUACGACAGCAGCAGUGGUUCCCUGGUCCAGGCAGCAUUGACUCAGCCACCCUCGGUGUCAGCGACCCCAGGACAAACCAUCCAGAUCUCCUGCUCUGGGAGUGGCAGCAACUAUGGCUGGUACCAGCAGAAGGUCCCUGGCACUGCCCCUCUCACUGUGAUCAACUACAACAACCAGAGACCUUCAGGCAUCCCUUCACGAUUCUCUGGAUCCAAGUCUGGCUCCACAGGCACCUUAACCAUCACUGGGGUCCAAGCUGAGGACGAGGCUGUCUAUUACUGUGGUGGCUACGACAGCAGCAGUGGUGGCUAUGGUUCCCUGGUCCAGGCAGCUCUGACUCAGCCACCCUCGGUGUCAGCAAACCCAGGACAAACCAUUCAGAUCUCCUGCUCUGGAGGUGGCAGCUACUAUGGCUGGUACCAGCAGAAGGUCCCUGGCACUGCCCCUCUCACUGUGAUCUGUGAUAACACCAAGAGACCCUCAGGCAUCCCUUCACAGUUCUCUGGAUCCAUGUCUGGCUCCACAGCCACAUUGACUAUCCCUGGGGUCCUAGCUGAGGAUGAGGCUGUCUAUUACUGUGGUGGCUAUGACAGCAGCAGUGGUGCUGUGGCAGUGACCCAGAGAGAUGUGGAAUUUCCCUGGCCCAGGAAGCUUUGA